AUGGAGACCUAUCAAUAUCCUCCGUCAUAUCCAGAUUCCGGCCACUCGUCACCACGUUCAAGAGAUAUCGAUUUCGACAAUCCAUCGUCAUGGGAAGACCAGCAGAACUACAAAGCCAAGUUCAUGUGCAGCUACGGCGGAAAGAUCCAACCACGCAGCCACGACAACCAGCUUUCUUAUAUCGGCGGCGACACUAAAAUAUUAGCCGUCGACCGAAACAUCAAGUUCCAAGCCUUCCUCUCCAAGCUCUCCACUCUCUGCGACGCUAUUCCACAAGAGAUAAGUUUCAAGUACCAGCUUCCCGGUGAAGAACUUGACGCUCUUAUCUCUGUCACAACAGAAGACGACCUCGAACACCUCAUGCAUGAGUACGAUCGCCUCUAUCGUCCUUCCUCAAAACCAGUUCGAAUGAGGCUCUUCAUAUUCAUCACUCCAAAUUCUGCUCCACCGGUUCAACCUCCUUCCUAUGCUGCUGUGAAAUAUCACGAGCCUGUGCCAGAUCUUGUUGCGCAACAACCUGAGUAUCCGCCACGUGGACUUGCGGAUGAUAGUGUUGAGAUUCAGAGGCAAUUACAGCGUUUGCAGGUUUCUGAGAGUGAGCAGUCCUUGUAUCGGAGAAGUGUAGAUGGAUUCACCGGUGGAUAUCCCGCUGCUGCUACUUCCGGAGGCGAUUUUUACACGCACAAGAUGCUGGAGAAAGUGGCUCCUUCGAAUUCGCCAACUGCUGUUCAUCAACCCUCGGGUUACUGGCCGGAAAAACAAUUUUCCAGCGACGGUUUCCCGAUGACAGGGAUGAACACUUCCGGUGGAGGAGACCAGCAUGUUUACAUGAUGCCGACACCGGGAACAUUCUAUCACGCGCCUCAGGUGAUGCGUCCACCGGCGGCGCAGGUGACUCAGGGGUACUACGCAGUGCAGCGAAUGUCUUCUGAUGGAUACCGGGAACAGCCGGUGUAUGGUGGCGUUCAACAUCAGAAUGUCGCGUUUUCGUCUGCGGGUCAGGGGAAUUUAGCACCGGCUCAGCAGGUCAAACCUUCUGGUUAUGCGGAAGGAUAUGGCUUAGUUAGACCAGCUGGAGUAGCGGAUAAUGCGGGAGCUGCUGGGUAUGCGCAAGUGGCGUAUGAUAGUGCAAGUGGGAGACAUAUUUACUAUACUGCGCCUGGAGGGAUGGUUCAUGCGCCGCAGUAUCAAGGGGUUGCUCCGGUUUUCAGCAAUGACAUGAGACCGGCUGGGGCUCCUGUGGGCCAGGAUACUAAAGGGGUAAACAAGGGCCAACAAGGAUAA